AUGCCAAAGUUCGUGCCUAAUGCAAAACACUACAAGUACCCGCUGCCGAUCCACCCAUUGGACGACCUGCCAGAGUUAAUUCCACACAACCCAGUUUCAUGGCUGUACUGGCUCUAUAGCUAUGUCUCGCGAACAAACCUGCUGCCAUCUAAAAUCCAUGUCAGGUUUUCAAAUGGUAAGCACAUAACGGUUGCGGACCCGAAUGAAAUGCUGUAUUUGUGGCGCAACGGGUUUUUUGGCACCGCACAAUUGUCCCGAAGCGAGCCAACGUGGAAGCAGAGAACGUUAGACCGUCUCGGACUCCAGAAAUCGUUAGUGGCAUUAGAGCAUGUUACCGAGCAAAGAAGAUUAGAAAGACUGGAGUUCAAACGCGAGAGGGCCAACUUUGAGGCUGUUAGACUCGAUCUAAGACGACAAGGCGUUGCAGAAACUGAAAUAGCUCAGCAAGAGCGAGAAUUUCUAAAAUCGCUAAGAGACCGAGAAACUCAGCUGCAACAAAAUAGCGACGUCCAGUCCCGAACCGCCGACGAGAAGUUGUUCAAUGAUAGCAAUGAGCUAGUAAACCUAGAAGUCCUGGAACUCAUGCCUGUAGAAGCCAUUUUUCUCACUUUCGCAUUGCCGGUCCUGGACAUAUCUCCGCUCACGCUGACUCGAACGUUAGUGGGAGACCAUCCCUCAUAUGCAGAUAUCAACGAGCUGUGCAUCAAGUAUGUUGCCUAUCACCAUUACAGAUCUCACGGCUGGUGCGUACGAUCGGGCAUCAAGUUUGGCUGCGACUUUCUACUCUACAAACGUGGGCCGCCAUUCCAGCACGCUGAGUUCGGGAUCAUGGUUCUCAACAGCGACGCUUCCAUGGACUAUACUUGGUAUGCCAGCUCUGCAAGGGUCGUUGGAGGCGCCAAGAAAAGCUUUAUUCUGUGCUACGUGGAGUUGCAGAGACCGCAACACGAAGCGCUUCUCAUGUGGCAGCAAGGCAAGUUCUCACAGCUCUUCAGCAGCUAUAAAGUAGGCGAAAUCAUGUAUAGACGGUGGAUACCGGGGAAAAAUAGAGACUAA